AUGAUUUUCGACGAAUCUAGCUUCUUCGACGGAAAGAGGGAUCAACAGCCCCUCUUACUCUCACAACAAGAGGUCCUAGACGAGGAAACGGAAGAAGAAACCGACGUCGAAGCAGUCGAGGAUAACGCCGACUUCGAAGAAGAGGAAGCUGCUAGAUCAGAUGAUCUAGACGAAGAAGGAGACUAUAGGAAAGCGGUAGAGCUAGAAUACGCCUACCUACCUACGCCUCCUCCUACGCAAGAAGAAGAUCUAGAAGCAGUUUUUCAGUCAGUCUUCCGUCUCGACCUAAGGGGUGGAAAGGCACCUCUCGAAGGAUUACCCGACUGCCUUUUGUCCCUGCUUCGAGAAGCAAAGGAAGGUAUAGGGCCCGAUACAAAAGAAGACCAGUUUCUCCCCUAUUUCGAUCGUUUUUCCGACUUCUAUCCCAUGCCUAUAGAAGACGGUUCCCACGGAGCGUUCACAGCAGGCCAGCUCUUCAAGCCACAGCUAUCAGCAAGGAAGAAAGACCACCUAGCCUUACACGAAGAGAUGGGGUCUUUCGAAGAGGUCCUAAAGGAAAAAGCAAGAGGAAAACAGGUCCUUAGCUCUAUAGCAGCAGAAUUCGACCUCGAGCUCGAUCAGAUAGAUGCAGUCAACGCCUUUGUUAACUGCCUACUCGAGGAAGAAGAAGUUGUCUACAUGCGCCUUCUACCAGGCUUCCAACAGCCAGGAAAGGUUCUACGGCUUAGGAAAGCUCUAUACGGAUUACGAAGAUCACCCCUUCUUUGGCAAUAG